AUGGGCGUUUUGUUUAUCCAGUACCCAACCACUGAUAGUUACAUCGCUUGUGGAAAGUGUAGUACACCAAUCGUAUCGACCGCGGAAGCGGUAAAACCGUCAGAGGACGGAAACGCGACGCAAUCCUUGCACUACAAGAAGAUCAUGAAUACGACGCAAGGAACUCGCAAACGCGCAAGCAAGCAAUCCACGUUUCAUUUUGCCAGAGUACCUCAUCAGACAAUCAUUUUUCGAGAUAUAAACUGCGUUUCAUGUAAAGCAAAACUGGGAAGAUAUCACGAAUACUCAACUAUUGAAUCACAGAGAUGGAGCGAAGGGACAUACGCAAUCCAAUGGAAACAUCUAAAAAUCGUCAACAAGCAAGUCUCGCGUCCAAUGACGAUCUGUGACCUAUUCAAGCUUCAGGAAGACCCACUUAACAUACACUCUGAGACUUCCAGUGAUUCGGAAUCCCCUACCUCUGACUUCGACGAUAUCUAA